AGAAUCCAGGAUCCAGAGCUCAAACUUUUAUCCUUAACAGAUAUUCCAAUGCAAAUGGUGAGAAGAUGAGCUGCUGCAUUUUGGACAAGCUGAAGUUUGGAACGCUGCGACAUAAAGAAUCCAUUAAGAAGGAAAUUACAGUAGUUAAGAGGAGAUGAAGAGCGGUGAAAAUUAUCUGAAGUAGAAUGGAAGCUUCAGUAAUAUUACCCAUUCUGAAGAAAAAACUGGCUUUUCUUUCAGGAGGGAAGGACAGAAGAAGUGGCCUCAUUCUGACAAUUCCACUAUGCCUUGAACAGACAAGUAUGGAUGAGCUGAGUGUCACGCUAGACUACCUUCUAAGUAUCCCAAGUGAAAAAUGUAAAGCUAGAGGAUUUACUGUGAUAGUGGACGGCAGAAAAUCUCAAUGGAACGUGGUAAAGACGGUUGUGCUAAUGCUACAGAAUGUUGUUCCCGCUGAGGUAUCACUUGUUUGUGUAGUAAAGCCAGAUGAAUUUUGGGACAAGAAGGUUACACAUUUCUGUUUUUGGAAAGAGAAAGAUAGACUUGGCUUUGAGGUUAUUUUAGUGUCUGCUAACAAGCUGACUCGAUAUAUAGAACCAUGCCAACUAACGGAAGAUUUUGGAGGAACUCUCACCUAUGAUCACAUGGAUUGGUUGAAUAAGAGACUGGUAUUUGAAAAGUUCACGAAAGAAUCGACAUCGUUACUAGAUGAGCUUGCUCUAAUUAACAAUGGAAGUGAUAAGGGAACUCAACAAGAGAAAGAGAGAUCAGUGGAUUUGAACUUUCUUCCAUCAGUUGAUCCUGAGACAGUACUCCAGACAGGUCACGAGUUACUAUCUGAGUUGCAACAGCGUCGAUUCAAUGGUUCGGAUGGAGGAGUAUCCUGGUCUCCAAUGGAUGAUGAGCUACUUGCUCAGCCGCAGGUCAUGAAGCUACUAGACUCACUCCGAGAGCAAUAUACCCGCUACCAGGAAGUUUGUAGACAGCGUAGCAAGCGAACACAACUAGAGGAGAUUCAGCAGAAAGUGAUGCAGGUAGUCAAUUGGCUUGAAGGACCCGGAUCAGAACAGCUAAGAACCCAGUGGGGAAUAGGUGAUUCAAUUAGAGCUUCACAGGCUUUGCAACAGAAACAUGAAGAGAUUGAGAGUCAACACAGUGAGUGGUUUGCUGUUUAUGUUGAGCUUAAUCAGCAGAUUGCAGCUCUUCUAAAUGCAGGGGAUGAGGAGGACCUUGUAGAAUUGAAAGCGCUGCAGCAGCAGCUGAGUGAUGUGUGUUACCGGCAGGCCAGUCAGCUGGAAUUCAGACAGAAUCUAUUACAAGCAGCACUUGAGUUCCAUAGUGUUGCCCAAGAUUUGUCUCAGCAAUUGGAUGGCUUACUAGGAAUGUUGUGUGUAGAUGUAGCACCAGCAGAUGGGGCUUCAGUUCAACAAACUCUAAAACUGCUGGAAGAGAAGUUGAAAAGUGUUGACUUAGGCUUGCAAGGCUUGCGUGAGAAAGGUCAAAGUCUUCUCGAUCAGAUAUCUAAUCAGGCAUCAUGGGCCUAUGGAAAAGAUGUGACCAUUGAAAACAAAGAAAAUGUGGACCACAUCCAAGGAGUGAUGGAAGAUAUGCAACUUAGAAAACAAAGGUGUGAGGAUAUGGUAGACGUGCGUCGACUAAAGAUGCUUCAGAUGGUGCAGUUAUUUAAAUGUGAAGAAGACGCUGCUCAGGCAGUAGAGUGGUUAAGUGAACUGUUGGAUGCUCUGCUCAAGACACACAUCCGCUUGGGAGAUGAUACUCAAGAAACUAAAGUUUUACUGGAGAAACAUCGAAAAUUUGUUGAUGUUGCACAGAGUACUUACGAUUACGGGAGACAGUUACUGCAGGCUACAGUUGUGCUGUGCCAAUCUCUGCGAUGCACUUCAAGGUCCUCGGGGGACACACUUCCAAGGCUGAACAGAGUGUGGAAGCAGUUUACAUUAACUUCAGAGGAAAGAGUACAUAGGCUGGAAACAGCUGUUGCAUUUCAUUCAAUUGCUGAAAAGAUUUUGCAAGAAUGUCCAGAGCAGCCUGAAGCUAUUAAUGAAAUGGAACAAUUUGAUGAAAUUGAAGCCAUUGGGAAAUCGCUGCUGGACAGAUUAACAGUGCCUGUAGUUUAUCCCGAUGGUUCUGAGCAGUACUUUGGGAGCCCAAGUGAUAUGGCUUCUGCAGCAGAACAUAUUAGAGAAAAGAUGAAGCUAGUUAGCCUGAAAAAGCAACAGCUGAGACAACCGGAAGCCACUACCCCGGAGAGCUAAUAGACUGACCCUUGUCUAUCGAUUCAUAAUAGGACUUCAGUUUGUAAUCCAGCAUGCUGUUUGCAUAUUACAAAAUUUGGCAUAAUAUAUUAAAAUACAUUUCACAGCUGUUAUAAAAGUCUCAUCUUUUGUUCAACGUAAAUGUUCUCAGCAUCUUAACGCUGUACAUCUGUCAAGCCAUAAUUAUUUAACAUGCUAUGAAACCACAGAUUCCAAGUAUCUUACAAAAAGGAACUGUAAACUUUGCACUGAAAUUUGCUGUAAAGCUUUACCUGACCUGUCAGCUGCUGCUUAGUUAAAACAGCUGAUGCAAGCUUUGAAUGGUGCUAAUGAAAGCGUUAGGAGUUCCACCUUAUGAAAUCGUAGUUCUUUGCUUCCCCCCUCCCCAGGUGGUGUAGUAAUUUUAGACUGUAGGCAAAGUACCUGCAGCGUAGAUAGUGGUGACCCUAUAAUUUUAAUUUGAAGUACUUUAAAAAAAGACUCAUUUUUAUUGUGCCAGUAUGCAACCUAUCCAUCAAAUCUUUGAUAUAUCAAAUUCAUUAAACAGAUGUUUUCCUAUUUGUAUUGAUAAUGUAUUAAAAGCUGUUUGUGCUUAAUAAAAAUCAUCUUUUUAAAAUCUAAAAUAAACUUGUUUUGGCUUGUAGUCCCAUUUGCAUUACAUUCUGUGAUAAAUGAUAGUAAAAACCCUCACUCUCUCAACAUA